AUGGCGGGCCUCGCGGCUUCACGACACGCCACAUUCCCGCGACGACCGACACGAAAUGGCGAUUAUGCAGCCGCCGGCAACCUCGCGGUCACCCCGGCCCCAACGGGGGGCAACACCAACAACCCCAUCCCCCGCUCCCCAUCACCACCACCACCACGACCCCACCACGCGACAACAACACACACCGCCACCGCCGACGCCAAACGCGAGGUCGCGCGCCGCGAGCUGGCCCGCUACACCAAGAUCGUCCGGCGGCUGCAGUGGAAGCUUCCCUUCCUCGCGCAGGGGUACCGGCUGGCGGUGGACCGGGUGGGCGCGGACCCGCUGGCGGUGUCGGAGGCGGAGCUGAUGUUCAAGCUCGACUUCUUCGAGUACUACAUGCUGGUGGAGCGCGCGCUGGUGCACCUGCUGGGGGUGUUUGGCGUCGAGGUGCCGCGGUUUGGGGUUGGGGUGGGGGUUGUGGGGGUUGCUGGUGGUGGUGGUGGUGGGGGGGCGGAUGCGAUGGAGAUGGAUAUGGAUAAGAGUAGGAGUAGGAGUGAUAACAACAACGGCGGGAGGGGUCUUGGGGCGAGUGUGUGGCGCGAGGGCAGGCACCGGUAUCAUGCCAAUGUGCUGGCGGCGCUGGACCGGGAGGAGAACCCGCUGCAUGGUGCGCUCGGGACUGGGGAGGUGAGGGCGCAGCUGGGGAGGGCCAAGGAUUUGCGGAAUAGGUGGAAGACGGCGGCGGAUGAGCCCGAGCCUGAUCAGGGCCCCCGGGGUAGGUCCCCCGCAAAGGGCGGGGCGAGCUCGGAGAGGGAGUGGCGGUCUAGGAAGGUCGCUGCGCCGCUGGACUCGUACCGGCUCGAGCACAUGUUGGAGGUCAUCUUUCAAGGGUUUGACAAGGGGUUUAGGAUUGCUGAGGAGUACGUGAGGGGCGAGCAGGAUGCGGAUAUGCCCGACAAAGAUGCGAGGGCGAUGGAUUGGACUGUCAUCGGGAAUGAGGAGGAUCAGUGGGAGUUUAUGGUGGAGGCUAUGGACUGGGAGGCGGUUUGA